AUGGUGGAAAAUUCACCGUCACCAUUGCCAGAAAGAGCGACUUAUGGCUUUAUUCUUUUCUUAAGCUCCCAAUUUGGCUUCAUACUAUAUCUUGUGUGGGCUUUUAUUCCUGAAUCUUGGCUAAACUCCUUAGGCUUGACCUAUUGGCCUCAAAAAUACUGGGCAGUUGUUGCACUGCCUGUGUACCUCCUCAUUACUGUAGUGAUUGGUUACGUGCUCUUAUUUGGAAUAAACAUGACGAGUACCUCUCCACUCAACUCCAUUCAUACAAUCACAGAUAACUAUGCCAAAAACCAACAGCAGAAGAAAUACCAAGAAGAAGCCAUCCCAGCAUUAAGAGAUAUUCCUAAUAGUGAAGUAAACCAAAUGUUCUUUCUUGCAGCCAAAGAACUUUACACCAAAAACUGA